AUGGGGUCUGAAGGGCAACAGGACAUUGAGAUGUCUAUCUUAACUGCUCUCCUCAAAGGUACCAAUGCGUCUGCUCCAGAUCAGCUCAGCUUGGCUUUGGCCUGGAAUCGUGUAGACAUUGCACGCAGCCAAAUCUUUGUCUUCGGACACCACUGGCCACCUUUAGGAAGCCUUACAGCUCCUGAUGGUACCGCUCCUGAGAAGGAAAAGAAAUCUCCAGCAGUUCAGACUAAAGCAGCCAGAGGGAAAGGAAAAGGGAAGAAAAAGGGAGGAAAAGGAAAAGAAGAGCCAGAAGAAGAAACAGAUCCAAGAAAGCUUGAACUCCUGAACUGGGUGAAUUCCCUGGAGCAGGCUAUGCUGGACGCAUUGGUUCUGGAUAGAGUGGACUUUGUGAAACUACUUAUUGAGAAUGGAGUGAACAUGCAGCACUUCCUCACUAUUCCUCGACUGGAAGAACUUUAUAAUACUAGAUUGGGUCCACCAAAUACACUGCAUUUGUUAGUCAGAGAUGUGAAAAAGGGAAAUCUUCCACCAGAUUAUCAUAUCAGCCUGAUAGAUAUUGGUCUUGUACUUGAAUAUCUCAUGGGUGGAGCUUAUCGCUGCAACUAUACUCGAAAAAGUUUUCGGACUCUUUAUAAUAACUUAUUUGGACCAAAGAGGGAUGAUGAGCCUCCCACCAAAGGGAAAAAGAAGAAGAAGAAAAAGGAGGAAGAGAUCGAUAUUGAUGUGGAUGACCCAGAAGUCAGCCGCUUUCAGUAUCCCUUUCAUGAACUGAUGGUAUGGGCCGUGCUGAUGAAACGGCAAAAGAUGGCACUCUUCCUUUGGCAGCGAGGGGAGGAAACCAUGGCCAAGGCACUUGUGGCCUGUAAGCUGUACAAAUCUAUGGCCCAUGAGUCUUCUGAAAGUGAGCUGGUGGACGACAUCUCUCAGGAUCUGGACAACAACUCAAAAGAUUUUGGCCAGCUGGCUGUUGAACUCCUGGAUCAGUCUUAUAAACAUGAUGAGCAGAUUGCCAUGAAACUAUUGACCUACGAACUGAAAAACUGGAGUAAUUCUACCUGCCUGAAAUUGGCUGUGGCAGCUAAACACAGGGACUUCAUUGCUCACACAUGCAGCCAGAUGCUCUUAACAGAUAUGUGGAUGGGACGACUACGCAUGCGGAAAAACCCAGGCCUUAAGGUUAUAAUGGGGAUUCUCUUCCCUCCCACCAUCCUUUUCCUAGAGUUUCGGAGUUACGAUGAUUAUUCCUACCAGACGUCAAGAGAAAAUGAGGAAGGCAGAGAAAAGGAGGAGGAAAAUGUGGAUGCAAAUGUGGAUACAGGCUCCCGAAAAGGAGAUGAAGAGAAUGGAAACAAAAAACAAAAGAGCCUUCCAAUUGGAACAAAGAUCUAUGAAUUCUAUAAUGCACCUAUUGUCAAAUUUUGGUUCUACACAAUAUCAUACCUUGGUUACUUGAUGCUAUUUAAUUACAUCAUCUUGGUGCGGAUGGAACGGUGGCCAUCAGUCCAGGAAUGGAUUGUCAUCUCCUACAUUGUGACACUGGCUUUAGAGAAAGUAAGAGAGAUUCUGAUGUCAGAGCCUGGCAAGCUGAGCCAAAAAGUGAAAGUUUGGCUCCAGGAAUACUGGAAUAUUACUGAUCUGGUGGCUAUUUCAGUAUUUAUGAUAGGGGCAAUUCUUCGCCUACAGAACCAGCCUUACAUGGGUUAUGGAAGAGUGAUUUACUGCGUAGAUAUAAUUUUCUGGUACAUUAGAGUACUAGAUAUCUUUGGUGUGAACAAAUAUCUGGGACCUUACGUCAUGAUGAUUGGAAAGAUGGUUAGUGCCUAAAUUGCUGUAAAUUA